AUGUCAACCGGUCACAAUGCUGUGAAGAUUUGGAAUCCAAGUACUGGUUCUUGCCUUAAAACAAUUGAUUCUGGCCAUGGACUCUGUGGUCUAAUUGUACCCCAUAACAAAUAUGGAAUUGUUGGCACUAAAGAUGGGGAAAUUGAAAUUAUUGACAUUGAUAAUGGUACUUGCAGUGAAGUUGUUGGAGCUCAUGGUGGCUCUGUACGGUCAAUUGCUACCAUUCCAAAUGGAAAUGGCUUUGUUACUGGCAGUGCAGACCAUGAUGUAAAGUUCUGGGAAUACAUCAACCAAAAACCUGGUCAAGAUUCCAAAAGCCUUACUAUAUUAAAUGUGAGGACUAUGAAAAUGAAUGAUGAUGUUUUAGUGGUUGCCUUUAACCCAGAUGCUAAAUAUGUUGCUGUUGCAUUGUUGGAUUGCACUAUCCUUUUUAUGGAUUCAUUCGAAAUUUUCCUUUCCUUAUACGGCCACAAACUUCCUGUCCUAUGUAUGGAUAUUUCAUCAGAUGGAGAUUUAAUUGUAACUGGGUCUGCAGAUAAGAAUUUGAGGAUUUGGGGCUUGGAUUUUGGCAUUUGCCACAAAUCCCUCUUUGCACAUGCUGACAGUGUUAUGGAUGUUCAAUUUGUCCACAACACACAUUACAUGUUCAGUGCUGGGAAAGAUCGUCUUUUGAAGUACUGGGAUGCUGAUAAGUUUGAGUUGCUUUUAACGCUUGAGGGACAUCAUGCUGCUGUUUGGUGCCUUGCAGUCAGCAACCGUGGUGACUUUGUUGUUACAGGAUCUCAUGACCGGUCUAUUCGCCGUUGGGAUCGUACUGAGGAGCCAUUUUUUAUCGAGGAAGAAAAAGAGAAAAGAUUGGAAGAAAUCUUCGAGGCUUACAUGGACGAUACAUUUGAAGACAGACAUGUACCGAAGGAAGAACUUCCAGAAGAGGGAGCUGUUGCAUUAGCAGGCAAGAGAACUCUGGAAACCCUGACAGCCACUGAUUCAAUUAUUGAUGCACUAGAAGUGGCAGAAGUGGAGUUAAAACGAAUAGUAGAACAUGAGGAGGAGCAGGCCAGAGGAAAAGUUGCUGAAUUCCAACCGAAUCUGAUUAUGCUUGGGUUAUCCCCAUCGGGUUAUGCAUUACCAUUCUCAGAUGCCCUCAAGCUGCUCUCUUAUACGAAGGACUGGACUUCAAAUCAUGACAAGGUUGGCCUCUAUGCUCUUAUGGAUGUGCUUAUGGUUGAACUGGUUUGCAGGAUUGUUACGAUUUUGUUGCAGACACACCAUAGUCUGUUAAUUAGUACCCCAUCUGCCAGACCAGUGUUGUCUGUUCUGAAAGAGCUUAUUUAUGCAAGAGUUAAGGAAUGCCAUGAUACUCUUGGUUUCAACCUUGCAGCAAUGGAUCAUCUAAAGCAAUUGAUGGCUUCAAGAUCGGACGCUCUAUUCCGAGAUGCAAAGUCGAAGUUGGUAGAGAUACGUUCCCAUCAGUUGAAGCGUUUAGAAGCAAGAACGGAGACCAAAGCAGAAAAACGAAAAAAAGAAGAAACAUAA